UUUACAGUAGAAACCCUUUCAACAGCAGCAUUCACACUCACAGUCUUCUUCAUUGGGUAAACACACCACGAGGCAAAUUCAAAUCAACCAAACCAAACCCCUCUCUCUCUCUCUAAAAAAAAAAAAAAAUUUAUUCGAUUCCAUUUCCCCACCGCUCUCCGCGACCACUCACCAUGAGCGGCGCUGCAGUCUCAGACCCCAAUCGCCCCUCCCCCGAGGAAAAUCGCGGCGGUGGAAAGAAGGGGAAGGGCAAGGGGGGACCGGACAACGCCAAGUUCCGCUACCGCGGCGUGCGGCAGCGGAGCUGGGGGAAGUGGGUGGCGGAGAUCCGCGAGCCGCGGAAGCGGACGCGCCGCUGGCUCGGCACGUUCGCCACCGCCGAGGACGCCGCCCGCGCCUACGACCGCGCCGCCGUCAUCCUCUACGGCUCCCGCGCGCAGCUCAACCUCGGCGGCGGCGGAGGAAAUUGCAGCGGCGGAGGCUCAAAUUCGCAAUCGACGUCGAGGAGCAGCUCGUCGUCGUCCUCCGCUACCACGACGGCGGCGCAGACGCUCCGCCCUCUCCUGCCGCGGCCGUCGGGAUUCGGCCUCAUGGCGGCUCCUCCUCCUCCUCCUCCGCCGCGGAUUGCAAAUUACGCCGCGCAGUACGGGUUGUACCCCAACGUACAAUACCCUAACAUUUUCCCCCAAAUUUCACCGGAUUUGGGGGUUUCUGAAUCGGAUUCUCAAAUUAGGGCUAAUCCAAACCCUAACACUCAAAAUUGCCAAAUUCUGCAGCAAAAUCAUAAUCCGAAUCAAAUUCAAGCUCAAGAUCAAAUUCAGAUUCAGAAUACGAACAUUUUGCAAGGUGGAGGUGGAUUCGAUGAGAUCGGCUCGCUGAUGUCGAUCGCCGAGGCCGGCUCGGCCUCGGCGAUAUCGGAUCCGACGGCGGUGAUGAACGGAUACGUGAGCUCGCCGUCGUGGCCGUUGAUUCCGGGCGAGGACGAGUAUCCGGAGACGAGCAUUUGGGACUAUGGUGAUCCGUUUCUCUUCGAUAGUAUCUGAGAAAUUUAGGGUUUUGAGAUUGCAUGCAAAUAUAGAGGGUUUUGGGAGAUGAGAGAUGAAGGGAGAUUAUAUGAUUAUGAGAGAAUAUAUAAAAUAUAUAUAGUAUAGUAUUGUGUGUUUGUAAUUUAUUUUAUGAGGUAAGUUGCAUCAUGCAUGAGAUUUGGAGGGAUUAAAUUUUUUUUUUUCCUGCAUAUUAUUAUAGUAGUACUACUAUUACUAUGGUUUAGUGGAAGAGGGGAGUAUGUUUAAGGAUUAUGUGUUGAAUUCU